GUCUGCGAAAUGAACGGUGAAGAUGCGCUCUAUCAGUACAAUGUGUACGCCGCUUCAUUAGAAGAGUGUCUGGCCGCAGAAAUGCAGAACAGUCUACCAGAUGACGGUUCCCCUAGAUGUAACCGUACAUGGGAUACCAUCCUAUGCUGGGAUGAGGCUAAAGUUAACACUACGGCCAAACUACCAUGUCCAUCAGUUCACCUCGCUAAUCCGGAAGCUCCCGUCUUCGCCUACAAGACGUGCUGGCCGAACGGCACGUUCAACGAGUGGACGAAUUACACCCUGUGUACCGUACAUACUGAAGGAGAACCGACUCCUGUUCUGCAGUAUCUACGAAUUGUGUAUAGUAUCGGUUACUCCCUGUCCUUACUCGCUCUUGUCAUCGCAAUGGCGAUUUUCAGUUAUUUUAAAAAACUACGAUGUCCGCGAAACACCAUACACAUGCAUCUCUUCAUGUCGUUCAUCUUGAGGGCGGUAUUUAUGUUCGUUCGUGACAUCAUUUAUGCGGUCAGCGUCAACGCGUUACUGACGGAGUCCGAAGAACACGAUGACUAUAGCUCAGCUAAUGGAACAAGUGUAGUCAAGGAUUUGGGUUGCGACAUGGCCAUGACUAUCGUCAUAACUAUCUGUCAAUAUGCGUUGGUAUCCAAUUAUUACUGGUUGCUCGUAGAGGGCGUGUAUCUACACGCGCUCAUCACUCUUGCCGUGUUCUCGGAAUCGUCUUCGCUUAAACUGUACAUCAUUCUGGGAUGGGGCGUUCCUCUGUUGUUUGUCGUACCGUGGGUGAUAGUGCAAGAAUACACACAUGCGGAAGGGUGCUGGUUCGCUCAGAUGACAGAAGAGAAUGUGUACUGGAUUAUCAAGGCUCCGGUAAUGGUCUCUGUUGUGAUCAACUUCAUCUUGUUUCUCAACAUCCUGCGUGUACUAGCAACCAAGCUGAACGCCACCAACGCCGCAGAAGCGAGAAGGUAUAGCAAACUGGCAAAGUCGACUCUCGUCUUAAUCCCACUGUUUGGCGUGUAUUACAUCGUCACCAUCGGCAUGUACGCCACUGAGAACAAAGUUGUCGUCAAGAUGCGCAUGUACAUUGAGCUGGGUCUCUCAUCUUUCCAGGGGUUCCUGGUUGCAGUUCUCUACUGCUUCAUGAACGGUGAAGUUCGCGCAGAAAUCCGUCGCAAAUGGCGCGUCCGGCAGCUGAACCGCACCUUAAGUACACAUCGGUCAUUACGUAAUGGUCACUCUCGGUCCUCGUUCUCCACUCCCUCCAGACAAGAUUCCUUGAAGGAACCACUGAAGGAUUCAACCAAAGGGGAUAAAAACUCAAUAAGGGCUAAGUUACGAGCUCUUAAACGCCAAGCAUUCGGCGGUUCGUACGGUUUGAAUGGGCACCAUAUGGGGAAUGGUAACAUGGCGCGACCCAGUCAAACGGCCGUCAGUGAGAUUGAUAACGAAAGUGACUCAGAUCGACCCCGUGUAACCACAGAAGCGCUUGUAGUCAGGCACCCGGAUCCGAACGAACCGAACGAAAAUACCAAAAUGAACGUUCACCACACGGAUAACACGCCAACUGUUAUCAUAGACGAAGUCAAGGAUUCAGAUGGGUACGAAGCGGAUAUAUACAAUACGCAUGACAGUAUGGAUAAUGAGAUCGAGGUUGAGAUUGAUCAUGAGGCGUCAGGGAGUUGUUCUUCCGAUGGGUGUCACGAUGGUGGAUGUGAUGACAGGAGAGUGUAUCCCAAUAUAGAGACAGAGGUGUGAUCCGGUCUCAUUCAUUCUACAGUAGACGUAGACUGGUUCCAUUAAGACAGUUACUGGCUUUAUUUGUAAACACAUGUACGUCUGACUUAACUGUGAAUCUCAAGAACCAUGAAAGCCACGUGAAAUGAUGUACGUGAGCUCAACGCAACGGCAGAUCUCUGGCGUAAAUCAUGAGCCUGGAAGUGUGACGUCAGAUGUUCAGGCUACAUUAGAAGUACUUUGUCGACUUUGGACGCCAUUUUUGUUAUCAACAUGUCAACUUUGAAUUGUUACAUCACCAAAGCCCAUUUCGCGUGCCUUUUCCUCUGUAAAGGGAUAUUCUAAAAUCCGCCUAUGGUGCGUCAAGUAAGCCGUAAAUGGACGAAGAUUGCGCUAUCAAAGGAGGCAGUAAUCGCCCAUAAGCGACAGAGGGCGCUCGUUACAAAGUUGAGCACCAGUGCUCAUUGGGAUGAUACUCAUGUUAUCGGAUUGCUGGACAUCAAACAAAAUAAUACAUCAGCAUACAAUCAAUGCUAAAUAUAUCGAUGGAAGGUGUACGACACCGAUUCGAACAAGGACUUAACCGAACGUCAGGCCCAGACGAAAGGGCUCGCUAAUUCUUCACUGGGAUGUUACGUCAAACCCGUGUAAUUUUUACUGAUAUGAAAAUGAAGAUGAGACUGUAACUAUAUCAAGUGUCUCAGUGUUCUGAAUUUAAACAUCAGUUUGUAACAGUUUGUAAUGUAUGCAGGUGUCCUCCUAGACUUGGUUCCAAGUAUGUGAUCGUGGAUUUAUCUACCCGCGAAAACACCGUUGCCUGAAGUGCCCAUGUUGUGAGAUUGCGAGUUAGGGCCUUUGAUAGAUAAUCGCGUGGCUGAUAAAAAAAAAAAGAUAAAAAUAACCGCGAUCACAGACUUGAAAUCAAGUCUAGUGUCAUGUCCUAGGAAAAUCUGUCUCCGGAGAUUUCUACCCCCCCCCCCCAAAGAUCUGCUGAAGAGGAUAGAUGUUUCAAAAGAGGGCCCUAUUGGAAGAAGUUUGUACACAGUUCGCCGUAUGGGGACGGGACACAGAAUCUCCUGCCAGACCGGCUACUAAAAGCUUCGUUACAGCCCGCUAAGAUUCCUGGAUAUCUGGCAUCGCUCUGAUCUCCAAGAACACUCUGGCCAUGACGUCAUGCGCUUGUGCAUCUCAGUGAUUGGAGCAGACAACACCAGAAACUGUUGGCUCUUUAAAACGAGCACUCUGGCAGUGGCCGUAAUGCGGCAUGAUCGGAGCAGAUAAAUUAACAUCAGACCCUUUUAAAUAGCUUUGCAUGGUGUCUGUCAUUACCAGUAAGGAUUUUCUUUCUUGAUUUAAAUGUUCAUAACAAUAAUGUCAAAAGUCAUUCUCUGACUGUGGUAAUGUCUACAUGGUCAACCAAUGUAUCACGUGUUUCCAUUGUAUGACGUCACAAGGACUGAUCAUUGAAACCAAGACCUUUUUGUAAAUUGGUUUGUGUGCAAAGCAAAAUAAUGUUACUACAUGUAUGGUCUAUCAGCCGAUUUGUAACAUAAUUAAUGACGUAUGAAAUGUUCCAAUACGCGUAAAAUAAGGAAAUAGGAUUUUGGGAACGUUUGGUGGCAGCAGACUUGUGAGGUGAAAUCUAUUGUUUUCGGUAAUGUGCACAUGCUCAGAAGAACCACGAAAACAAUGAAAAUUCACCUAUGGUAAGUCUGCUGCCACCUAGCGUUCCAAAGUCUUCUAUAGCAUCAUACAUCACAAAGUUAUUUCAAAAGAAAAUAUGAUAUAAAACUGAUUCCAAAAUUUACUUGGCUGCUUUUUCUGAUGAGAAAUUAAUAACUUAUUAAUAAUCGAAUUGAAACUUUGACAAUACUUGGAUGUUAAAUCCCAUAUCUGUUGCUUAAUUUAAUGAAAUGUGUCCUGUUCGAUUUGUGUGUGGGGUUUGUGCGACUAUAAUUUAUAUAAAAGAUUGUUCGGUUAUUAUUUUGGAUGCGUUUGUUUGAUUGUAAAAUUCUGAAAUAUCCAUGAAUUAUUUCUUGUUUGAUUUAGUUGUAUUAGUAUAAAAACAUGUAACCUUUCAUAUGAUGAAAAUUGUGUUGUUCCAUUUUAAAAUUUAGAGUAAAGCAAAAAGGCCUCGUUUGAAUGUUUCCGAUCGUACCUGAAAAUUUCUUAAAAUAAGAUGACAUUAUCAAAAAGAAAUGUUCUGUUUUUAUCAAAAAGAAAUGUUCUGUCUUUGCAGGUUGCCGCUAUGUACAUUUUAGGAUGAUGAAAAAAAAUACCAACUGCCCGGCUGAUUAUUAUAUACUUUAAUAUUAAUUUUAUAGAAGCAACCUUCCUAGUCAUUUUGAAGUUCAUUACUUUCUACAUUCAUUAAGUUUGUGAACAAGUCGCAAUCACCAUUGUUUGUUUCUUGAAGAUAGUGACAUAUUAUUGUGACUUCCCCCGCCCUUUCCUCCUCCAACAACUGUCAUCCCUCUGUCACGGUCUCAGAUGUCCGGUGUGCUCAAAGUUCCGGAUGACGUCACCUGUCCCUGGAACUUAAUAAUUAAUUGUGAUUGCUUCUAUACAGAGCAACACAUUAUUUGGGUUUAUUUUAAAGGCACUGGACACAAAAAAAUUAUUGAAAAUAAUUGUUAGCAUAACAAUACUUGUUAACGAUAAAUGGAGAGCCGUUGAUAGCUGAGAGAUGUUGGAUAGUAAAACAAAUCGUGAGAAACGGCUCCUUCUGAAGUAACGUAUUUUGAGAAGGAAGUAAUUUCUCACUGAAAUAUUUAAACUUGAA